UUUCCCCUCAAACCUGCAGGCUUUGACUUCCAACUCGUCACAGUCCUUGUCGUGGAUGAAUUUGGCACGGGAUUUCCCGUAGCUUAUUGCAUCACCAACCGCACAGACCGAAAGGCCAUGGCAACAUUUUUCGCAUCGAUCAUGUCUAAAACUGGGCAAAUAGCAGCAAACGUUUUCAUGACAGAUGAUGCUCCCUCAUUCUACAAUGCCUGGACUGAAGUAAUGGGACCGCCUCAACAUCGGCUGUUGUGUGCGUGGCACGUUGACAAAAACUGGCGUGAGAGUGCCAACAAGUACAUCCAAGACAAAACCCUGAGGGCUUUCACCUACAAGAUUCUUCGAACAGUGAUGGACGCUCCUGACGCAGCGUCAUUGAAGAACCGUCUCCUCUCUACGAGUGGUGUCAUAGAGAAGGGGCAACAGAGCCAGGCCUGCUCAGAUUUAAAGAAUAUUUUGAAAGUAACUACGGAAAUCGCACAGAGGUUUGGGCAGCCUGUUUUCGCGCAACUACUGGAAUUAAUACAAACAUGAGACUUGAGGCAUUACAUAGGGUGAUAAAGUACUGCUAUUUACAUGGAAAGACCAACAAGAGAGUCGACAAAUUGAUAUCGGCACUCCUAAAACUCACUAGAAACAAAGUUUUUGACCGCCUAACAAAGUUCAUAAAAAAUGCUGAGAGUGAAUUCGAACGUGCAACCAGAAUUCGGCAUGACACCAGCCAAACCAUUUUGGACAAAGACAUCAACAAAGUUGCAUUCAAUCAGUGGACCGUUGUUUCUCAAACCCAUGACGGGCAUAAGUAUGUCGUUAGACAAGAAGGCACAUGCAAGAGUGCUACAUGUACAUUUGGCUGCACAAGGUGCAAAAUAUGUGUCCAUACAAUUACGUGCUCAUGUCACGAUAGUGUAUUGAGGAGAAACAUCUGCAAACACAUGCACGCUGUAUGUAAGCAUGAGAGCAGCAACCUGUGCCAGCAAAGGGAUAAUAACGAAGAGGACGAAACUACAGAUGUCGAGCAACAGUCCCAGGACUGCAAAGACAAGGAAGCAAUUGACGAUAUCAUCAGUUCAGUGUGUUCGCUGAAUGAACUAGAAGAAAAAGGAAGCACAACGUGCACUAAACACAGUGACUGCAUCCCAAUGCUUCAAGCAAUAAUCACCCACUUGCAGAAACCAACGGUAGAAGAACAAGCCGCACCUUGGCUCAAGCCGAUACUCUCUAAAGUUUUGACAAAACUGGACAGCAUUUCUCCGCUUGUAAAAGACACCUCCUUGACAAGUUCACUUCCACCAAAUAAGAAAAUUGAAAAGCAGCAGCGCUUCUACUCAACUAAACGCAAAGCUGUUAGCACAAGCCAACGAAUGCCAAAGCCAACUUUAGUUGAGCAGAAAGGUAUCAUUGACAUGCUGUCAAAUUCAAGUACUGAAGGGUACCACACAGGUUUUGACCACGAUUACGCUAAACAAAGCGCUUGCAGCAGCAAGAGCACACAAUAGAAAUUAAACAUUUAAAGGGUCCCUAAACCACCUAUGGCAUUUUUUUAACACUUGAAAUUAAACAUGCAAAUUCCGUUAAGUACACCGUGAUGCCUAUUUUGACCUAUUAUGAACAUGGCAGUGCGAAUGCAACAAUACUGUGGGAUUGCCACAAAUUCACUAAACAAUCCCAUGCUUCUCUCCAGGCCUUUUCCAUAACUUUUUUUGCAUGCUGUGACACCAGCAGGGAACUGCUCGUGACUUCACCAAGGUAAACGCUGUCUAUCGGUCAGCUGAUGAGGGACGAUAACGCCAAGGUGAUAAACGCUGGCUAUGUAUUCUGAAAAGGGCAGGGCCCAUUGUACACAACUGAAGCAUUAAUGAAGCUUCCAUUCACUCAGUUUUGCACAGAGGGGCAUUAUGGGUGGACAGAGGAGCAGCUUUUUUUCUAGUGCAUUGAUUCAACCCAUAGAUUUCACUGCACUGCAUGAAGUUGUCAGAAUACAUGCCAAGAAGAAAGCAACUGUGGGGAGGGUUGCAAAGGCAAGAGAGAAACUGCAGCAGCCAUGUAUCCAUUCAUCAAAAGCACAUAACUUUGCGCAAUUACAACAUCCUUCCACGCAAUCCUAGUGACUGUAUGCUCAUUGUAGGCUGGUACAGGGGAACCACUGUAUAACAUUUUCAACCUAAUAGUUGUUUAGGGGCCCUUUAAGACAAAAUCAUUCUUUGUUAAUGACAGCACUUGCAGUAAUGACUUUGUAAAAAAUAACUUAAUUCAUUUUGUGCCACUACAUCAUUGAGUAAUUUCAUUUCUGUGCUUGUGAUUUGUGCCUAAACUUUUUUUGUUUUUUGGUAUUGCAACUUAAGACGGUGUUCUCUUGUGUUGGCUAGUCAGUACAGGUGCCUGUAUAGCAAAUGUGCAUUUUAUUUGUACAUGACAACAAUCUUUGUAUGACAUGUCCCUGCUCAAGCUUUGUAUUAUCGUCUUUUUUUCUUACUGCAACUUCACAUGCUACUUUUUAAAAAUGUUUUUCAUUGGCUAUUUUUGUAUAAAUGCCUACUUAGCAUAGCGCUUGGUCUUAUUUGUUGGUACAGUUGCCUGUAAAACAAAUGUGUAUUGUGCUCAUACAUUGGACAAGAACAACCUUUGUAUGACGUCCUUGUUCAACCUUUGUAUUACAAUUUUAUUUUUACUGCAACUUGAUAUGCUGAUUUUUAGAAUUGUUUUGCAUCAACUUGUUUUGUAUGUUGGCUAGUCCACACAGGUGGCUGUAUAGCAAAUGUGCAUUUUAUUUGUACAUAAGAGCAACCUUUCUAUUACUAUGUUUUCUCUUUUACUGCGACUGCACGUGCUUCUUAUAGAAUUGUGUUUCGUUGGCCACGUUUGUACAAAUGCCUGCUGCCCAGUGCUUUCUUGCAUUUAUUCGCUGGUUGGUAGAGCCGCCUGUAAAGCAAAUGUGCAUUUGGUUUGUACAUCCGACAUAUGAAAAAUCUUUGCAUGAGAUGUCCUUGCUCGAGCAUUGCAUUGACAUGCAGUUUUUCUGGAACUUGAUAUGCUGCAUUUUAGAAUUUUGCUUUGUUGUCUGGUUUUGUACAAUUGUCUGCUUAGCAAUGUAUAUUAGGUCUCUAUGCUUCAUUACCCUAGAUUUGUACCACUACAUGUAUUUCACUGAUCGUUCUUGAAAAGCACAAGUAGAGUUGAACCUCACUCAAAUGAUGUUGCAUCACACAACAUACCUCCAUAAUAUCCUAUACUUGCUGUAAGAAUAUAUGCUUCAUACACUAAUAUAGGUAAAAAUACGUCUACGACUAAUAAUUAUAACAUUGUUCAUUAUACUGAUGUUUGACUGCAUUUGUAGGUAACAUUCUUUCCGUGUAAUUUCAUGUGUGCCUUACAUAGAUGUUUUUUUUUAUUAGGGCAACUGAAUAGACCACUUUGUAA